CACCAGCAGUGCCAAAAACAAAAACGCUAGUUAUUCUAUAUUGAAAACCUUGGGUUUCCUAUCUCUUCUUUAUCCCCUCCCCCCUCGCUGAGGAGUUACUGUAUUUCCUCAUCCUACAAUGGAACCCCGCAAAACCCCUCCAGAGUAUUUCUUGGAGAUCUUCGCAGACACCACCACCGUCAAGGAUGUUUUAAAGGGCGUCCUAAACCUCAUCUUCUUCCACCGGUACUUCCCGUCCAUUCGCCCCAAGACCUUCGACGUCCUCGACCUCUCCCUCCCCGUCAUCAACGAUGUCGACCUGGAAACCCUGAUCGAAUCGCGCGUCAGCUCGCUUAUAAGCCAGCAUCUGUCGCCAGCCACCAGCCCGCAGGAUGGGGGCGGCAGCAGUGCCGGGGGCGGAGGAGUCCGCGGUCGCAUCGCCGUCGAGUUCUACGAGAAAAAGCGCAGGCGCACAGGUCUCUGGUUCGGCGGGUUGGCGGGCAAAGGCGAGGAAGAGGUCUGCUGGGAAAUCUGGUCGUUGGACGUCACCAUUGCCACACCUCGGACAGAAUCUGAACGCGCAAAAGUUCGAGGGGCAAUGGAGAAUAUGCUGCAAAAGGCGGCGCUCAAGAUUCUCCUCGUUGUCAACAGAGACAAGGAUCACAUCCCACCCAUCACGACGAGUGACUCCAAUCCCUUCCCCUAUCGCAUCGUGCUAAAUCCCCGGACGGACAGCUGGGGAAACCGUAUCGGUCUGUAUUGAAUGGAUCUUAACGGGGCGCUUGUCCAAUGGUUUUCCUCUUCUCAUCCAUGGAUCAUUUACAUAUAUGCUGGGAUCGCCAGAUAUCGCCAGAGACCAAAUGAUGAUCUAACGAGCUUGGAGUUUUUUUCUUCUUGGGGGCGUUUUGUCUUUGCAGAUCUCAUGUCGAUUACUGCUGUAUAUUAACUACUCGUCAUCUACUACUCCCUUUGUUGGACUUGUCAUCUGGAUAAAGUGUGAUAUGAGAACAGGCUCAAAAGAGUAUAUGGGAACUAA